CAGCACUUCAAUGUUGACACAAGUGUAUUGAAAUGGUGAAAAAACUUAUCUGCACGAAUAGCAUAUCUUGGUAAUCCUCGAAGCUGAAAGGGUUCGUGCUGUUGUUGCUGAUGUAACGGACUUUACGACUCGAUAGAACAAAGAAGUGGCAUAUGACUAAGCUUUGCUAUAUGACGAAGCGUGCUCGGCUUUCUUUGUUGAUGACAUCGCACAUUGGGUGACAAUUUAUACUAAACGACAUUACACUUCACACUGCACACCUCGCACCUUUCAUUAUUACGGUUACGCAAGGCAACGUGGCCGACAACAUAGAGUACAAUUGCCGUGAGCAUGAUGCAGCAAGAAGACGACCAAGAGCACGGCGUCAAUCUUGCUGCAUUGCCUUACGCAUCACCAACAAAUAAAUGGGCAACACGGUCUCAAUCGAGUCAAACAUCCUCCUCUUCCCUUCUCCAGAGCCGUCAAAACGCGUCCACCGGCAUUGGACUUCCUCACCAGUCCAGAGGUCCUCCCAGGCCUUAGAGCAGACGUGGACCCCAACGUAUCGCCCUGCACCGCCAACUCCGAGUGUAGAGCCGCUUCAGAAUUCAGCUCAGAGUGCCAGCUUGACUUGUUACGAAGUCACCAACACAGGGCAAAACUCAAUUCUCACGACGCUCAAAAGCCUCUGCGACGACCUCCGCGACCCAUCGGACCGCCGCGCUCGAACAACAAUUAGUGUCCUACAUGAAGGCGGGUGGAUGCCACGCGCCAUUUUCCACAUCAGCGGAGACUUUCAAAACGCACAUUCCAAUUCAUUACUAUCUAUCCUCCUCAUCAAAUCUUCUACCCGCUCGGACCCGGAUGGCGAACAGGGGUCGACAAGUUCACACAGCUGGCUGCACAUUUACGAUGCUGUGCACCUUGCGCAGUCUUUCGCCGCAAUGCUCAAAGUGUACGCCUAUCAACGUUCGCUUAGGAGGCUUGAGCUUGAUGCAGAGGCGAAUGAAGAUAUGCUGGGUAUGCUGGAGGGGUGCGCGAUGGUCGGAGUGAGGUAUUGGGUCGAGGGUGGGCAAGCGACGGAGCAGGGCCAGUGUAAGAUUAUUGCAAAGAUGAUGAAACAGCUCGAAGGUUUGCUCUGGGGAAUAUGGCUCGAGGCGGAUGAUAGUCGGGGAGAUGCGAGGAGGGGAGGUGGAUGCGUCCCUAGCUGAGUGAGGUACUUGGAAGACUGGAGGAAGAAUGCGGCGGCUGCUGGGCAGCAUCACAUUUGUUGUAUGUUAAUAUAGCUCCACAAUUGCUCUGCGCUGCGUUAAUAACC